AUGAUGAAAGGUUUUAAAAACAGACUAACAAGAAAUAAAAGUCAAAACUCUUCUUCAUCAGUGGAUAAAGAUAAAGAUAAAGAUAAAUCAUCCACGUCAUCAUCUAAUUCAUUAAAUAAAUCCCAAUCUCCAAAUCAACAAAAUAAAAAUCCAUUAUCAGCAUCUUCUUCUUCUUCAUCUUUAAAAUCUUCAAGUCCAAGUCCUUCAAGAAAUAAUAGUGGUAAUUCAGUAAAAUCAAAUCCAUCAAAUAAUCAAAUUACAAACUUACAACAAUCAAAUUCAUCGGGUUCGCCUCAUCAUUCUCCAAAACAAGCCUAUCAUGAGUUAAAUACUCCUCGGAUUCUUGUAAAUAAUAACAACAAUAAUAAUUCAUCAUCAUCAACUGCAUCAAACUCCGAUUAUGAUUUACAUCCGUUUGGUAUAGUUGGUAAUGGUGCUAAUGGUUCCAACAAUACUGUAACUACUCCAAUUACUCCAACUCCAACUUCGCCUGGCAUAACCAUUAGUCAUAGUAAUAGUGGAGGUUCACCACCAUCCUUUGAAGGUGGAUCAUCUAUGAGAGCCAUUCAUAGUCAACAAGGAGCAGCUCAAUUACAUCCUUAUCAAUUAAAUCCUAAUAUUUCUUCUCCCAAUGCUCGAGAAAAUAUUGAUAUUGAUUUAAUCUUAACUCCAAAGAGACAUUCAUCAUCAAGAUUUGAACCCAGUACUAGUGAUAAAUAUCAAGAAAUUAUGAGAUUACCUAAUUUUGAUGAAGUUUUACCCGAAGAUCAAAUUCAAUUAUUUAUUCAAAAAAUUGAUCAAUGUAAUAUAAUGUUUGAUUUUGGUGAUCCAACUUUUGAUAUUAGAGGUAAAGAAAUUAAACGAAUUACUUUACAAGAAUUGAUUUCAUUUAUUUCAAAUAAUAGAUUUAAUUAUACUGAUGAAAUGUAUAAACAUGUGGUUGGAAUGUUUAAAAAGAAUUUAUUUCGUCCAAUCCCACCUCCUGUAAAUCCCAUUGGUGAUAUUUAUGAUCCUGAUGAAGAUGAACCAGUCAGUGAAUUAGCUUGGCCUCAUAUGCAAGCUAUUUAUGAAUUCUUUUUAAGAUUUAUUGAAUCCCCUGAUUUCCAACAUCAAAUUGCUAAACAAUAUAUUGAUCAUGAUUUUAUCUUAAGAAUUUUAGAAUUAUUUGAUAGUGAAGAUCCAAGAGAAAGAGAUUGUUUAAAGACUACAUUACAUCGUAUUUAUGGGAAAUUUUUAAGUUUAAGAAGUUUUAUUAGAAAAUCAAUUACUAAUGUAUUUUUACAAUUUGUUUAUGAAACUGAAAGAUUUAAUGGAGUGGGAGAAUUAUUAGAAAUUUUAGGAUCAAUUAUUAAUGGAUUUGCCUUACCUUUAAAAGAAGAACAUAAAAUCUUUUUAGUAAGAGUUUUAAUCCCGUUACAUAAAGUUAAAAGUUUAUCAUUAUAUCAUCCUCAAUUAGCUUAUUGUGUGGUUCAAUUUUUAGAAAAGGAUCCAUCAUUAACUGAAGAUGUUAUAAUGGGAUUAUUAAGAUAUUGGCCCAAAAUCAAUAGUCCAAAGGAAGUUAUGUUUUUAAAUGAAAUUGAAGAUAUUUUUGAAGUUAUGGAACCAAAUGAAUUUUUAAAGAUUCAAAUUCCAUUAUUUGCUCAAUUAUCAAAAUGUAUUUCAUCUCCUCAUUUUCAAGUUAGUGAAAAAGUAUUAUGUUAUUGGUCUAAUGAAUAUUUUUUAACUUUAAUUACCGAAAAUGCUGAAGUUGUCUUACCUAUUAUAUUUGCAUCAUUAUAUGAAUUAACAAAUUCAACUCAACCUGGUAUUGAAAAUGGGAUAAUGCAACAAAAAUUAUCUGAUAAUACAGGGGCAACCGUUGAUGCUAAUGGUAAUUUAAUUGAUAGUGGAUUAAUUUUACAAGAUAUUCAUCAAGGUAUAAUCCCUUCUGCUAAUAAUCCAAUUCAUCCUCAUUUUAAUUUAUUACAAAAUACUGAUGAGAAUGGAUCAAAUGCUCAUUCUCAUCUUGAUUUGAAUGGUCAUGAAAUGACGGAUGAUGAAUAUUAUGAUUCAUUAUCAUCACUCCAAUCACAUCAACAACAACAACCAGGACAACUACAACAACAACAACAGAAUGAAUUCAAUGGAUAUGAGGAUAAUAUUUUACAACAUAAUUCCGCCACCUCGAAUUGGAAUAGAAGUAUUCAUUCCUUAGCUUAUGGAGCUUUAAAAGUAUUUAUGGAUCAUAACCCCAUCUUAUAUGAUCAUUGUACGAUAUUAUAUCAUCAAUCAUUACAAGAACAAAAACAACGAGAAAUCACACGCAAGGAAGGAUGGAAACGAAUUGAAGAGUAUGUGAAAUCCGUUAAAGAGAAUAAUCAUAGAUUAGCCCAACAAGCGCAAGCUCAAGCUCAAGCACAAUCACAAAUCCAACAUCCUUCUAUGAGGAGAAGUAGUAGUAAAGGGUUCAGCAUGAUAUGAUAUGAUGUGAUGUGAUUGUAAUAUAGUAUAAUGAGAUAUAAUGAUGAAUGAAUGACAGAGAAAGAGAUAU